ACGCCGCGGGUACAGACCCCGGGGACAGACAGCUGUUUCUCCCCUCAGAAGCCAGACAGUUGCCUCCAGCCUCUCCUGGUCAACGCCAUGGCCAAGACCCGUAGUGACCAUCUGCUGUACUCCCUGGAAGAGCUGGUGCCCUAUGACUUCGAGAAGUUCAAGUUCAAGCUGCAGAACACCAGCCUGGAGAAGGAGCACUCCCGGAUUCCCCGGGGCCAACUCCAGACAGCCAAGCCAGUGAAGCUGGCCACUCUGCUGGUCACCCACUACGGGGAGGAGGACGCCGUGCGGCUGACCCUGCAGGUCCUGAGGGCCAUCAACCAGCACCUUCUGGCAGAGGAGCUCAACAGGGCAAUCAGCCCAGGGUGUCAGGUAAAAGAAAGUGACACAGACAGUUCAGCAAUGUCUGGUUCCUCUGGGGAGAUUAAGCCCAAGAGUCUGAAGAUACCAGAUGGCCUGGAAGGUGACAAGCAGCAACAAAGUGGUGACGGGGCUGGCUGCCCACCACCCAUCCAGCCUGAGGCUGGAAGGGGGCCCCAGAAGAAGCCUCUGGGCCAACGGAGAGAUCAGAAAGGCUCUGAAGGCCUAGAUGUGCAGGGCAAGCCAGGGGCCAGGAACACAACUCUGUCUUCCAAGAGAAGCCCCUUUCCCAGCAAGCCACAGGGGGAGAAGGGGAGCAAUGUGGGGGUCAGGCUGCGCAGGAACGCCAGCUCUGCAGGAAGGCUCCAAGGACUCUCCAGUGGGUCGUUUGCUGGGUCCCUGGGAAGGAAAGAAUUUAAGAUAUCUGAAGCAUAUUUACCUUCAGGAAAGAAGCGACCCAAAAGUCUUGAAUUUACCAUUUCUCCAGGAGAGACAGAACCUCUCAACCCAGAAACUCUUCUGCUUCAAGAGAAAAUGAGAAGUGAGAAUCCAGGCUCAGCAGCCACUCUGAACACAGGGGCUACUGUGGCUGCAGAGAAAGGCUCCAGGAAUCCAGAACACGCCAUGACUCUGGAGGGGGGAGCACUCAGGAAUACACUUUCCAGUGUAUCAUUGGCUGGAAAGAAGAUCUGGGAGCAUCCAGAGUCCACAGUACCUGCAGAGAAGAGUGGAACUGAGGCUCCAAAGACCUCUAAGACCUUGAAGGAGGUGGUAGGUGGUGUGCUCCAUGAUCCUUCAAAUCCAGAAGUCCCUCCAUCUUCAGGGAGGCCGCAGGACAAGGCUGUGUGUCCCCUUUGCCGUGCCCAGGAAGGAGACCCGGUUGGUGGCAGCUGCGUGCAUGUUUCCUGCAGCUGCUCCGUUGCUUCUAGGGAUCCUGAGGCCUCACGCGGCCACUCAUCCAGCUGCCCUCGGUGCCAGGACUUGCUCCCGGGGGAGAGCCAUGGAAGCCUCAAGUGGCAGGAGGGCCUGCAGAUGGCCAGCCUGAGCCCCAAGUCCCUGCCACAGUGUGAGCGUCACAUGAAGCAGGUCCAGCUGCUCUUCUGCGAGGACCACGGGGAACCCAUCUGCCUCAUCUGCGGGCUGAGUCAGGAGCACCGAGGCCACCGGGUUCGCCCCAUCGAGGAGGCCGCCCUGGAAUACAAGGAACAAAUUCAGAAGCAGCUGGGGCAUCUGAAGGAGUUGAGAAAAUCUGGAGAGGAGCAGAGAUCGCAGGGGGAUAAGAAGACAGCAAACUCCCUGAAACAAGCUGAAACCCAGAAGCAGAGAAUCCAGUACCAGUUGGAGCAGUUAUGCCAGUUUUUAGAGCAGCAAGAGCAGCUCUUUGUGGCCUGUCUGGAGGAGCUGGGCCAGACCAUUGGCCAAGUCAGGGAGACAUAUGGCACCCGGGUGACAAGGGACAUCGCCCUUCUUGACAAGCUGAUUGGGGAGCUGGAGGCCAAGCAGUGCCAGCCGGAAUGGGAGCUUAUGAAGAACAUCGGAGUCACCCUGCACAGGGCCAAGAAGGUGACUAUCCCUGAGCUGUGGGCCACCCCUCCAGAGGUGAAAGAAAAGAUCCACCUGCUCUACCAGAAAUCACAGUUUGUGGAGAAGCGCAUGAGGCACUUCUUGGAAACCCUGCGUUCAGAAAUGGAAAUGUUCAACGUUCCAGAACUGACUGGUGGUCAGGCACCCUGAGGCAAGUAGACUUGGCCUGCUGGGUCCCUGUGCUGUCCCCCGGUGCAUUCCAGAAGAACGACCCUGUCCACGUUUCUUGGAUGUGGGGAGAACCCUGUGGGGAUGUUGCCCAUGGACCUCAAGCUAGGAAUUCUAAUUCUCUCUGCAGUUAAUGUGAUUCUGGAAGCAGAAGCUGCCCACCCCAACCUCAUCUUUCAUCUUCUCUGAUGACUUGAAGAGUGUGAAACUUGGAAAAAAAGUGGGACCGUCUACCUGCUAGUCCAGAAAGAUUCUAUAGCUGAAUCAUUGCCCUGGGCUCUCUGAGUUUGCUCUCUAGCUGCCAUUACUGAGAAGUGAAGGUGGGAGACAAGACAGGGUGGGUCCUGGGUGUCUGCAAGGCAGCCACGAGCAGCAAGGAGAAUAUGGCUCUCUCACCAGAGAAUGGUUAUUGGGUAGAAAUGAUGAUGAAGUAAAAUGAGUGCCAGGCGUCCAGAUUUCCCUCCACCCGGAUGAGGGAGCCCCCCAGGCAUGUGGGCAUCUUCCUGAACUACAAGACUGGGGACAUUUCCUUUUACACUGUGACAGCCAAAUCCCACAUCUCAACAUCCACUGGCUUCUUUUCCUCUGGGCCCCUUCAACCUAUCUUCAGCCCCAGGACACAUGAUGGAGAGA